AUGACGCAUUACUGUUUCUGCCAACCAUUCUCCCAGAUUGCGCAAUGUGGAUCUGAAGAGGGACUUUGGCUUCGUUGCCACCCCUGUGUCUUGGUUUGCUGGAUCUUACUGCAGGAGUUCAGUGAUCCUCGGGAUGCAGAUGAUGCAAGGCAUGACCUUGAUGGCCGAAGAUUUGAUGGGAGUUACAUCAUUGUUGAAUUUGCUAGAGGGGCCCGACGUGGUCCAGGAGGUGUUCCUCUAGAUGGCAGAGGACCACCUUUUCCUGGCCGCUGCUAUAACUGUGGAAUGGGUGGGCACUGGGUUCGUGAUUGCAAAGCUGGUGAAUGGAGAGAUAGGUGCUUUCGGUGUGGAGAACUGGGCCAUAUAGAAAGGAACUGCAAGAACAGUCCUAAGGAUCUGAAGUAUUUCCUGGAAUUCCCUAGCUACCUUGCAUGUUCCCUUCUCUUUAAGUAUCUACACGUUUUGACUGUAAGGUUCACCAAUACAGGCGCGGGAGGAGCUACUCGAGGUCUCCAUCUCAUCACCAUGGAAAGGGCCGAGGGAGAAGCUACUCGAGGUCUCUAUCUCCUCACCAGGGAAGGGGCCGAGGAGAAGCUACUCGAGGUCUCCAUCUCAGUAGCGUGGGAGGGGCAGAAGCUGGAGUAA